AUGGGCUUCAGGGGUUCCAAGGCAGUUGCUCUUUUCAUUCUCUUUAACAUCAUAUGUUUGUCUCUUGUUUCCUCUAACAAGGUUCCAUGCCCUCCUACAAGUCCUUCCUCACCUGCCUCUGUCCCAAAGAAGCAAGACAAAUGCCCUAGAGAUACCCUUAAGUUUGGUGUUUGUGGCAGUUGGUUAGGGUUGGUGACCGAGGUUAUUGGGACUAAACCUAGCAAGGAAUGCUGUACCCUAAUCAAGGGUCUUGCAGAUCUUGAAGCUGCAUUGUGUCUCUGCACUGCUAUUAAGGCCAAUGUCUUGGGAAUUGUCAAGCCCGAAGUGCCUGUUGCUCUUAGUUUGCUUGUUAGUGCAUGUGGAGGAAAGGUGCCACAAGGUUUUGUCUGUGCUUAA